ACCAUGUCCCCCGUCGCACUCAACAUCCAGCACGCUGCUGUCCUCCACGGCCCCAAAGACCUCCGUUACGAGGAGCGCACUCUCUGGCCUCCACAGCACGGUCAGGCCCAGGUCGCCGUCAUGUCUACCGGCCUCUGUGGAAGUGACCUCCACUACUAUCUCCACGGCAGAAACGGUGACUUCGCCGUACAAGCACCCCUCGUCCUCGGCCACGAAGCCGCCGGUAUCGUCACCGCCGUCGGCCCAGGCGUGAAGAACCUCGUCCCCGGUCAACGUGUCGCCAUUGAGGCUGGCGUCAUGUGCAACAACUGCGACUACUGCACGCAAGGCAGAUACAACCUCUGCAAGGGCAUGCGCUUCGCCAGUAGCGCGAAGACCUUCCCCCACCUCGACGGCACUCUCCAGGAGCGCAUGAACCACCCCGCCCACGUCCUCCAUCCCCUUCCAGACAACGUAACCUUUGAACACGCGGCACUCGCCGAGCCGCUCUCCGUCCUCCUCCACGCUUCGCGACGCGCUGGCCUCGCGGCAGGCCAGACCGUGCUCGUUUACGGCGCCGGCGCGAUCGGUCUCCUGGCAUGCGCGCUCUCAAAAUCGUAUGGUGCAUCGCGAGUGGUCGCCGUCGACAUCAACCAGGCGCGACUGUCCUUCGCGAAGGCGCAGGGUUUCGCCCAAGACGUGUUCUGCCUCCCCGCCGGUGCACGGCCCAAGUCUCCCGAGGAGGCGCUGAAGCGAGCCAAGGAGAGUGCAGACCUCGUUCUCGACAAGUUCGGCGAGGAGGACGGGUUCGAUGUCAUUUUUGAGUGCACCGGUGCCGAGCCGUGCAUCCAGAUGGCCAUCCAUACCGCAAUCACAGGCGGGAAGGUGAUGCUCGUCGGGAUGGGCACGCGCAACACCACAUUGCCGCUCUCAGCCGCGGCGCUUCGCGAGGUCGACAUCCAGGGCUCGUUCCGUUACGCCAACACGUACCCUGCGGCGCUCGCGCUGCUUGGGUCGGGCAAGAUGCCCAACAUCGGCGCGCUCGUCACGCACCGCCUCCGCCUCUCCGACACCGCUCGUGCGUUCGAGCUCCUCGCGCGCGGCGCAGAUGAGCGCGGACACAUGGUGCUCAAGGUUAUGCUCGGCCCCACGAGCCCACCUCACAUCCCGCACGCUCCCCACCACCAGCCCCAACACUCGCACUCGCGCUCACAUCCGAAGUAAGCCUGCGUAGAGGGAUUCGAGUUGUGAGGUUAGUGUCCUCGACGGAUGGGACGACGCGUCAUGACGGGAUUGGCACGACCUUGACGACGACGACGACAACGAAUGGGACUUGCAUCUGUUUUUACGAGCUCGGUUUUUCUUUUUUCUGCUGUUCUUUGAUGGCGACGUGGUACGACGCGAACGCGUGUGUGGGGCUGUUUGCAAUUGUUUAUUGGUUUCCUUUCCGCUUCUCCUCGCGCUUUCUCAGCUUCGGCUCUUACCUCUGGCUGCCCUUCCUCUCGCCCUCGCACCCGUGCACGCUGUAUAUCUGUCGAGCCUCUUCCAUACGGACUCCUUUCUUCAUAUCGACGAGGUGUAUAUUUGCAAGCAAAGGAGCGACGCGUGAGCGUGUUCUUGCGCUACAUAUCUCCUUCCAUACUCUGCCCUACCUCGCGUCACAUUUACUAGUCGGAGCACGCGAUCGCGCACGCUGUAUCAUACCACACAUCUCUAUCUCCUCAUGAUCUCUACAAGCACCGCACGACGUCCUCAUCACCCCACUUCUUCGUAUGCACUAGUCCGAGUCCCUACAGUGUGUCUGGUCUGGGCCCUACACUUGUUUCAAUAGCCAUGCAAUGCAAUUGAAUCUCAUGC